AUGCAAGUCAAAGCUAUCAAGGAAGGAGUGGAGGACUUCAUACGCUCCCCGCGGGACUCCUGCAGCAGCAGCAGCGCCAGCAGUCCGGUGGGGUCGCCCCAUCAGCGUUCACCCUCCAUCACGCCCCCCGCCGCCCACGCCGCCCCCAUGAUCACGCCCUCGCCCUUCCCGCCGCCCUCCCUCUCCAUGCAUCACCAUCAGAUGAGCGCCGGAGUGCUGGGUGGGCGGCUCUCUCCUUUGGGCGGGCGGUGUCCCAGCAGCUUGGCCAGCGCCGUCUGCGUCUCCUCUAGCGGCAUGGGCGUCACCAUGGGCGGCACUACCCUUGGCACCGUCAGUGUAGGCAGCGUGGGCGGCCUGGGCGUGGGCGGCGGGCGGCGGGUGUCCCCUGGGCUGCAGUGUCUAGUGUGUGGAGAUACUUCCUCCGGCAAACACUAUGGUAUUCUGGCCUGCAACGGGUGCUCUGGGUUCUUCAAGAGGUCCGUCCGUCGCAAGCUUAUCUACAGGUGCCAGGCGGGAACGGGAGCGUGUGUGGUGGACAAGGCCCACCGGAACCAGUGCCAGGCCUGUCGUCUCAAGAAGUGCAUCCAGAUGGGAAUGAACAAGGAUGCGGUGCAGAACGAGCGACAGCCCCGGAACACGGCCACCAUCCGCCCCGAAGCCUUCGCCGACAUGGACCAGGAGAGGCUCCUUCGGGAGGCUGCCGUAGCCGUUGGCGUCUUCACGCCGCCUCUACCACUGCCCGGGCUGGUGACGGCUGCCAUGGGCGGGUCGCGGGGCUUCCUGGGCCCUCCCUCUGUCAGUAGUGCGUCCCCCUUCACCACCGCCCACGCCCACCACGCCCUCGCCUCCAUCGCCUCCGCGCCACCGCCCCCGCCCACCUCCUCCUCCUCCAACAACAAUAACAACAAUCCAUCUACCAUCAACCACAUGUGUGGCGCCGCCAACGGUGGGAUGGCGGGAACGCUGCUGGGGGCGCAGAGAACCCUCUCCCCGUCCAAGGAGGACCACGACCACGGAGUUCGUAGUGUGGACUCGCCAGUGGAUGUGACGGGCGGCGGCAACGAGGACACAGGACCCAUGGGCCCCCAUAUGCCCCCAGUUUCCUCGUGUUCGUCUUCGUCCUCGUCGGGGACCUCGUACGUGGAUGCGGCGCCCCUGUGGGACCCGUUGCAGGAGUCGGUGCAGGAGACGGCGGCCAGACUUCUUUUCAUGGCUGUCAAAUGGGCCAAGAAUCUCCCCUCCUUCAGUAGCCUACCCUUCCGUGACCAGGUGGUGCUGCUGGAGGAAGUGUGGUCUGAACUAUUCGUGCUGAAUGCUGUCCAGUGGUCCCUCCCACUGCCCACCUGCCCUCUCCUCUCGCCCUCCGCCCACGCCCACGCCCUCGCCCACGCCCAUAAAGCUGCCCAGGCUGCCCACGACAUCCGCCAGCUGUCUGAAGUAGCAGGAGCGUUCAGGGACUUGGCUGUGGACCCCGCCGAGUUUGCAUACCUCAAGGCCAUCGUCCUCUUCAGACCAGAGGUGCGAGGACUGAAGGACGCGGCGCAGGUGGAGUCGCUUCAGGACCAGGCGCAGGUGAUGCUGAGCCAACACGUGCGGGCCCACUACCCGGCACGCCCCGCGCGGUUCGGUCGCCUUCUGCUCCUGCUGGCGUCUCUCAGAUCGCCUCCUCCACCCCGUGUCCAGGCUCUGUUCUUCACCGCCACCAUCGGCAACACCCCCAUGGAGAAGAUCCUCUGUGACAUGUACAAGAGUUGAAGAGUGGAGGAUAGACAAGGUCUACUCCGAACACCCUUCAGGCAGUUACUUGCCGACUGCUGGUAUAUUUGUGGAUGAUGUGUGUGUGUGUGCGGUCCAUGAGGACUAAUCUUCUGGAUAUAAAGCCAUCUUAGAGUUGGAGUUCCUUGAAUGCUUGAGUGUGAGAGUCUUAGAUAUGCAGUAGAACUAAGGCAAUGAACUGCCUAUAUGUGAGAUAGAUUUUAUAGAGCAUUUAAAAUAUUUUGACAAUUAUUGUUCAAUUCUGAUGGGAUAUACAAAUGAUAAGCUGGACUCAGGAUUUAAGAGGAAGAAUAUGCUAGUGUGGGAAAUGUAUGCUUAUUUGGUCCAUAUGUUCCGGUUGAAUUUUAAAUUUACUCUUUUAAUGGAAAAGGGAAAGGGUGAUGAAGGUAUAUAGAUGGGUGAUUUAGAAACGAUAAAAUGAGAAGAUACAAUUUUGAAAACUUGUAUAAACUUUAUAUAUAAUAAUACACGUGGACUAGAGACUUCCUUACCCAGACCCAUACGUCACCAUGCAUGAAUAUCACCCAAGUGUAAUGAUUCAUAUUUUUCAUUGUGAAAUGAAAAAUUACAAUUUAAAGCCCCAAAAAUUUCAUCCUUCUAAGAAACAUUACAGUGAAAGAUGUUGAACUAAGUACUAUGAUCAUCAGUGUAUCUACGAGAUAUUGUAAGUGUACAGCAACGUGGAGGGGACCUGCUGCAUGGGUAACGGCUUCUCCUCAAUAUCAACCUACCCAGGCUUUGCGCCCUGUCAGGGCGCGACUCCAUAGUCUAUAGACUGAAGGAUCCCUACUACUACUACUACUACUACAACAUACUGUAGAUACACUGAAGGGUAUUGGGCUCUGUUUAAAAGUGCAGAAUUCAGCCAAAUAGAUGUGGAACAGUCUAGAUAUAAUAAAUUAAAGGAAAUAUAGUGGUACUGAGAAACACUGAUAUAAUACAGUGUUCCAGUUUACAUUCUUGACCAACUUGAAAGUCACCUGAUCUUUUUUCCUGUAUGUCAGGCAAGGGCAAACGUGCCCACUCUUAAUGCGUGGGCAUCUGUGAGUCGGGGCACGACUACCAUCCUGUCCGCACACUUUUGGCAUUGUAGUGUUGAUGCUAUCGACCUGGAGCCAG